AAAUCGGUAUUUCCUGUUUCAAUAUGGGGUGGGCGAGGCUUCUUAUAGACCGGGGGACAUUCAGUGGGGGAUCUGCUACACUCGUUGUUGAAAAGCACUCGGAUAGCACUAAUGCAUCCCAUUACCCUCUGGACGACAGAAAGCAUCGCUUAUUCGUACGUUUCCGAGAAAGUAUUGGCGUUUUACUUAAUUCAAUAAUAGCUGAAAAGGAUUUCGGAUAUGAAACUUCCGAUAGACCCGACUGUCGUCUUUCUUCCGUUGGCGUUGUGGUUCGCGCGAGUCAUCGGCGAUGGCGACGUGAAACCAUCCGCCAAGCUUAACGGUCAGUUCAUCAAUAAUCACAAGGCUCAACUUAUCUCGUUCGAUUCCAAAGGUGGUGAGAUUGAAAUCAAUUGGGACGUGUCAGUACCUUUCUUCACGAUACCAUUGAAUCAUAUAGGCGAAAACGGAGAGGUAUUCCCGUUGCUCAACGUCAACACACGAGGAUUGUCGGUCGCCGGCUUAUUAACAGGCAUUCUCACUCUAGCGGUGCCCCUCUUGUCGAAGCCAGGUCCAGGAAUGCAUUACCGAAGCAUUGAUUCACAAUGGUCGCGAAUGGGAGAUGCGCUAAACGAGAUCAUGCUUGGCAACAGUUACAUCACACCCUGUGUACAGCGCAUUAUUUGUACCAUGGUUGCCGAGGCGAGUCAUUCGGAUAAUCCCACGAGUACCGACAAGAUCAUCGAUGGCUUGUCAAGUCACAAAUGGUUUAGAGAAUUCACUAAUGGCACAGUUCUUCAAGAAGCUGUAAGGAUGGGACGAGAAGAACAAGACUGCGGACGAGUUUAUAAGGAGUGUUUCGUGACGCCGAGAAUUCUUAAAAGUAUUAUGAUGCAAAUCGGCGUAAUCUGAUAUCACUAUGAUCGAUUAAAUAGACAAAUUAAUGAAGGUAUUGCGCAUAU